AACCAAAACAAAAUAUCAAAGACGUAAUCUCAAUUUCACACUACAUACAACUAUUUCAUCAUCAUAUUUAUACAACACACUCAAUUAUUCCCCUUCCAUUUCCUUCGCAAUUUUUUCUCUCUACACUUCCAACAAGCUAGUAUACUAUAUAGUGCUUGUAAUAGAUAGAACAUAGAUAUAGCAAAUUAACCAUGUCUUUCUCCACAACUUCAUUGCUUUCUACAAAUUUCUUAGGAAGAAGAAACAUGGUGUUAGUUUCACCCCCGACCCCCAAAACAACCAAACCAUCCAUUUCACUACCAAUUUUCUUCAAAACGCGAUUCUCAAACUCUCAAAAAUCAAUUAACGAUAAUAAUUCAGAACCACUCAAAUCAGCUGCUGUAUCAGCUCUUAUCUUAUCCUCAAUGACUUUAAAUAUAACUCCGGUGGCUCUCGCCGCCGACAACAUCACACCACCACCACCUCCGGUACUCGAAGCACAACCAAACAAACUAAACCCUUCAAAUUCUUCUUCACCUUUCUCUCAAAACAUUUCACUCACAGCACCAAAACCACAAUCCUCUUCUGAUCUACCCGACGGAAACCAAUGGCGUUACAGCGAGUUUUUAAACGCAGUUAAAAAAGGUAAAGUUGAAAGAGUUCGGUUCAGUAAAGACGGUUCCGUCCUUCAACUAACCGCCGUUGACGGACGUCGAGCAAACGUUAUCGUUCCAAACGACCCUGACCUAAUCGACAUUCUAGCGAUGAACGGCGUUGAUAUUUCCGUUUCCGAAGGUGAAUCAGGUAACGGUUUGUUCAAUUUCGUUGGUAGUUUAUUGUUACCGUUCCUCGCAUUCGCUGGUUUGUUCUUGAUAUUUCGUCGAGCCCAAGGCGGACCCGGUGGGCCUGGUGGGCUUGGAGGGCCCAUGGAUUUCGGUAGAUCUAAAUCAAAAUUUCAAGAGGUACCGGAGACGGGUGUAACUUUUGCUGACGUGGCCGGUGCUGAUCAAGCGAAACUUGAAUUACAAGAAGUUGUUGAUUUUUUGAAGAAUCCUGAUAAGUACACUGCAUUGGGUGCUAAGAUUCCGAAAGGAUGUCUUUUGGUGGGGCCACCGGGAACCGGAAAAACACUAUUGGCACGGGCGGUAGCCGGUGAAGCCGGUACACCGUUCUUUUCGUGUGCGGCUUCGGAAUUUGUGGAACUGUUUGUUGGUGUUGGUGCUUCUAGGGUUAGGGAUUUGUUUGAGAAAGCGAAGUCGAAAGCGCCUUGUAUUGUUUUCAUUGAUGAAAUUGAUGCUGUUGGGAGACAGAGAGGAGCUGGACUUGGUGGUGGGAAUGACGAGAGGGAACAAACUAUUAAUCAGUUGUUGACGGAGAUGGAUGGAUUUUCUGGUAAUUCUGGUGUUAUUGUUUUGGCUGCUACUAAUAGACCUGAUGUUCUUGAUUCGGCGUUGCUUAGACCUGGAAGGUUUGAUAGGCAAGUUACUGUCGAUAGACCUGAUGUUGCCGGUAGAGUUAAAAUCCUUCAGGUGCAUUCUAGAGGAAAAGCACUUGCAAAGGAUGUUGACUUUGAUAAAAUUGCCAGGAGAACCCCAGGAUUCACAGGGGCUGAUCUGCAGAAUCUGAUGAAUGAAGCAGCUAUUCUUGCAGCCAGACGUGACCUCAAGGAAAUAAGCAAAGAUGAAAUAUCUGAUGCGCUUGAAAGGAUCAUUGCUGGACCAGAAAAGAAAAAUGCCGUUGUCUCAGACGAGAAGAAGAAAUUAGUAGCCUAUCAUGAGGCUGGCCAUGCUUUAGUUGGUGCUUUGAUGCCUGAAUAUGACCCUGUAGCCAAGAUAUCCAUUAUACCUCGUGGCCAAGCUGGUGGUCUCACCUUUUUCGCCCCCAGUGAAGAGAGGCUUGAGUCUGGAUUGUACAGUAGAAGCUACUUGGAAAAUCAGAUGGCAGUUGCACUCGGUGGAAGGGUUGCCGAAGAGGUCAUUUUUGGCCAGGAUAAUGUCACCACUGGCGCCUCAAAUGACUUCAUGCAAGUUUCGCGAGUGGCGAGGCAGAUGGUUGAGAGAUUUGGGUUCAGCAAAAAAAUUGGACAAGUUGCCAUUGGCGGACCUGGUGGAAAUCCAUUCUUGGGACAACAGAUGGCAACGCAAAAGGAUUAUUCCAUGGCAACUGCUGAUGUAGUGGAUGCUGAAGUUAGGGAACUGGUUGAGAAAGCCUAUUCGAGGGCAACACAAAUUAUCAACACUCACAUUGACAUCCUUCACAAGCUUGCUCAACUUCUCAUAGAGAAAGAAACUGUUGAUGGUGAAGAGUUCAUGAGUCUAUUUAUUGAUGGAAAAGCAGAAUUGUUUGUUGCAUAAAGUUACACUAGUCAUAGAAUCAUGUUUGUACUAUAAGAUACACUGAAACUUGUACACUGUAAGAAUCAACUAAAUAUUUGUUCAAAUUAAGGUAAAUAAUUUGCACAUAAGCUUACGAAAA